AUGCUUUUUCCACUACCAACCGCUUAUGAAGAUAUGACUUAUUUACCUUCUGGAUCUGAACGGCCAAAUGCCCGGUCAUUGAGUAAUGAUCUUUUUACUGGUCAAACAGGUCUUCCAUCAAAUAACAACUGGACUUCCCUAUUUGCUCAUUUUGGAAAGUUUGUCAGUAUGGAGAUUUCACACACACUGGAUUCUGCUUGCCCAACAGAAAUCCUCCAAGUGCCAAUUUUUGGAGGUGAUCCAGAUUUUGAUGACAAUGCCACCAUAGAAGAUCACAUUCCAUAUGAAAGAAUUGCUUACGAUAUACACUCAGGACUCUCACCAAAUAAUCCUCGAAGACAGGUGAAUCUUGCUACUAGUUUAAUUGAUGCAAGUGUUGUGUAUGGUAACAGUGAAGUGUGGGCCAAUGCACUACGUGACUGGCAUACAGGGAAACUCAAAAGCAGCGACCAGAUCUCCCAGUUCCCAGCCAUGAAUGAAUACCGCUUACCAAUUGGAAGUUUUCCAUUCUCCAACAGUGAUAUAUAUCCAGAUCCCACCAAAUAUUGGCAAUUUGGAGAUCCGAAUUCACAUGAAAAUCCUGCUCUCCUUACAUUAAGCGUUUUGUUUUUCCGAUGGCAUAAUUUUUUGGUAAAACAAACUGCAGAUGCGAGUUUAAGCAAAGAAGAUUUAUUUUAUAAAGCUCGAUCCAAAGUCAUUGCAACUCUACAGAAAAUAAUUUUAUAUGAUUGGCUUCCUCUGCUGCUAGAUGAAAAAAUUGAACCAUAUAAAGAAUACAAUCCAAAUGUUGAUCCUGGUCUCUCAUCUCUAUAUGAUGCUGUAGCAAUGAAUUAUUAUUUAACCUUGAUACCCCCAAUCUUGAUGCCAAGGAACAAAAAAUGUCAACAUUUGCAGACAAUACGAUUAUGUGGUUGUUUUUGGAACAGCCAGGCCUACUUAACAAAUGAGUCACAUAGUUUUGACAGCAUUAUUUUAGGAAUGGUCUCUCAACUUGCUGAACAGGAUGAUAUGGUUGUCAGCUCUGAUUUCAAAGGUAAAUAUUUUGGGACUAUGUCUUAUUCUCGGCAAGAUUGCAUUGUACAAACAAUAAUGAAAGGCAGAGAUCUUGGGCUUCCAGAUUACAAUUCUGCACGUGUUGCUUUGGGGAUGAAGAAAAUAGAAGACUGGAAAGAUAUCAAUCCAAAAAUGUUCAAAAGACAUCCUCAGUUACUUCAGAAAUUCAAGUCAAUGCACAAUAAUUCUUUGAAUAACAUUGACAUAUUCACUGGAGCAAUGAUGGAAACAACAGAAACUGGGCCAGGAGAAUUCAUUAAGAAACUUACAAAAGAUCAAUUCCUGAGAAUACGAGAUGUUUGUAUCUUAUUCAUGUGUCUGUUGAAGCAAUAUCGAAUCAAACUCUACCGUGCUUUCCUUGAAGAUACAAAAACAUUCAAGAAAAGUUUCAGAAGAAGUUACCAUCGUCAAAACAACAUUCACAAAGCUUAUGAAUGGAUUGAAUAUCCAGAAUCCUUUAACAAGGUUGAUAUCAACUUUAAUUCCAUAAAAGGGUCGUUAGACCUUAAAUCAGGUAACAAGAUUCUGCGAUCAGUGACUUUUAAUAACAUGGAAACUGUGGACGUUUCUCUGACAACAGAUAAGAAAAGAACUUUUCUUCUUCUCAAAGUACCCAAGGAAUAUGACUUGAUUCUUGAAUUUAUAAAUGAUUUUGAUCGAUGUGAAUUUUCUAAGGAACUAGAACAAGUAAUAUCAAAAACGAGAGUGGUGAGGUGGUUUUAUAUUAAGCAAAAGGAAUUGAUGAAAUCAGCAGUCACCAGGAAAAAAAGGACCAAAAUGCUUGAAGCCUUCUUGAAAAGUGUCUUUUCUGAGGCUUUCCAUUUGGACUAUGAUCCAUCCUUAGAUCACGUUGAAUUCAAGCAGACCAAAGAACUUUUAGAAUUUGAAAUGACCAAAAAAUAUUCCCCGUUCAGAUCCAAGCUGAAACAUUUGCGGCAUUUCUUGGAGAACAACAAGCAACAUAUUUUUUUCAUCAUCCUCUUCUAUGCAGUUACAUGUGGACUUUUUGCUGAACGAUUUUAUUAUUAUACAGUUGAACGUGAAAAGAGUGGUCUCCGCCAAAUAAUGAGUUAUGGCCUGAGUGUCACUCGAGGGGCAGCUGCUGGGAUGUCUUUUACAUAUUCCCUUCUUCUGAUCACAAUGUGUCGAAAUUUUAUCACCUUUUUAAGAGGAACUUUCCUUAACCUUUACAUUCCGUUUGAUUCGCAUGUUGCAUUUCAUAAAAUUGUUGCCUGGACAGCACUUGCUUUUACGGCUUUUCAUGUUGUUGGGUAUGGUUUCAACUUUUAUCAUAUUGCCAUGCAGCCUACCAAAAUUUUCUGUGUCUUCAAAAGCAUUCACUUCCGGACAGAUUUCAUGCCCAAAUUUUAUUGGUGGCUUUUUGGAAAUCUCACAGGAAUGACAGGAGUUCUCCUGACCAUCUUAAUCAUUGUGAUUUACAUAUUUGCCACCCAGAUGAGUCGUCGAUACAUAUUUAAGGCCUUUUGGUUGACUCACAAACUUAUCAUUCCACUGUACAUUCUAGCUGUGCUGCACGGGUCAUCUGUCCUUGUACAGAAACCAAUGUUUUGGUGUUACUUCAUUGGACCAGUUAUUGCAUUUGUAAUUGACAAAAUGAUAAGUUUGAGUCGCAAAAGGACAGAGAUAAGUGUUGUACGAGCAGAGAAACUUCCUUCAGAUGUUUCAUUUCUGGAAUUCAAGCGACCCACAAAUUUUGAAUAUAAAUCUGGCCAAUGGGUCAGAAUUGCUUGUGAUUCUCUUGGAAAGAAUGAAUUCCAUCCAUUCACCCUGACAUCUGCUCCGCAUGAAGAUACCCUCUCCGUCCAUAUACGUGCUCUUGGACCUUGGACUUCAAAGAUACGAGAAAUUUUUAAUCCAGAAAAUCUCAAAGAACAACCUUAUCCAAAAUUAUAUGUUGAUGGACCUUAUGGAGCUGGGCAACAAGACUGGUACCGCUUUGAUGUUUCUAUUUUAGUUGGUGCUGGGAUUGGUGUUACCCCUUAUGCUGCGAUCUUAAAAGACUUUGUGCAUAUGAAUGCAAUGAAAAAUACUUACAAAAUAAAAUGUCAAAAGGUGCAUUUUAUUUGGGUAACUGGAAGCCAUAGACAUUUUGAAUGGUUGAUUGAUAUUCUUCAAGAAGUUGAACAAAUAGAUACAAAAGGAAUUGUCUCAAUUGACAUCUUCAUUACAAAAUUUUUUCAGCAUUAUGAUUUGCGAACAGCCAUGUUGUACAUCUGUGAAGAAUACUUCCAAAAGCAUUUUGGUGGUCGAAGUGUAUUUACUGGCCUGAAAGCCAAAACACAUUUUGGUCGUCCACAACUUGGUGUCAUGAUGAAGUCUAUCCAUCAAGAAAAUCCAUAUGUGCGGACAGUUGGUGUAUUCAGCUGUGGACCUCCUGGAAUGACAAAAAGUGUGGAAGCUGCAUGUAAUGAUGCCAGCAAAUCAACCAAAGCUCUGUUUAAACACCAUUUUGAGAAUUUCUAA